AUGACAAUGGAGCCGGUUGGAUUAGCCGUCGGAAUCGCUGGGCUCGCGGGCAUUCUGAGCACUUGUCUAGAUGUCAUCGAGAGAGUCGACAUAUAUAAAGAUUUCGACCGUGAUUCACGUUCACUCGCUGUACAGCUCGAUGUGGAAAAGCUUCGCCUCAAAAAAUGGGCCUGCGAUGUUGGUUACCGGCAAGGGAAGCUCUCGAACGACCAUCACACCGCUCUGAAUGACCCGCAGGUCCGCUUGAUGGCAGUAGAGCUGCUUAGUGUCAUCAAGGCAAUCUGUGGUGACGUAACAACAUCAGAACUCGGGCUGGAUGAAAAUUUAGCAACCGUCACUCGCGGCAUUCAAUCCCUUCCAAAGUCAUCAGAAUCAAGGAGGCAAAAGCUUGUUUGGUCCUUGAGGGGCAAGGCUAGACGCACUUCUCAAGUCGAAAACCUCGGAGUUCUCGUCCAGCAUCUGCACAACCUGGUUCCUCCAGAUAGUUCAUUUCCAGGUGGGGAAGCUACCAAUAAGUCUAAUGAGACUUGUGCUUAUGGAAUAGGUGUGUCUUUACGCCCGCGUCCCUUUGAGCUCAAGCACAAUGACGAUAUUGAGAAACAGACGUGGCUUCGCGAGCUUCGACAGACCUUGUCUCGGUUGGAAAGGGAGAUGGAAGCCGAGACUCGACGAGACCUUCGGGCCUGGCUAGCAUGCCCACCGCCGAACGAUCUCUUUCCUGAAGCCAAAGAGAGAAGAAUCAAUGGGACGUGUGAUUGGAUUAUUGACCGUCCCGAAUUCGUUGAGUGGCUUGCUCUAAACGAAGCGUGUAAAAUUGUCGAUGAUACCGAAAGGCUCCUGUGGGUCAAUGGACCAGCCGGGUUUGGAAAGACUGUUCUAUGCGCGAGAAUCAUCGAACAUUUGAGAUCGAUAUCCCAGACGCCUGUGGUCUAUUUCUUCUUGUCAUCUGAAUUCGAAAGCCGCGACAAUCCCUAUGCGGCGAUUCGAGCAUGGGUCCACCAGAUGGCAUCGUCCGACCAGACUACCUACCAGUUGGUGCGAGAAAAGUGGCUAGCUCAAAACGAACAAUUCGCCACCGAGACAGAAAUCGUCAGUAUCUUUCGAGAAAUUUUGCAAGUCGUACCUGGAGCCAUCUUGGUCUUGGAUGGCUUGGAUGAGUGUACUUGGUUGGGGAAGGCUCCGCAUGACGGGAAGUCCUUGGGGAGGUUUCUCAACACCGUGAUUGGGGCAAUUACCAACACGGCAUCUCGCCUCCUAGUUGUCAGUCGGGACGAGCCUGAGAUUCGAAGUGCUAUGAUGUGCUCAAAAAACUGCGAGGAACUCAAAAUCGAUUCUGAAGACGUGCAAUCCGACGUUGCUCGAUACGCAAGAAGUAUUGUCGACAAGAAGCUGCCGAGAAAGGACGAAGCAACAAGAGAAGGUGUCUCCAAGAUGCUUGCGGAUCGGUCCAAUGGCCAACUCCUCUGGGUCAAGUUACACGAAGAUUCCUUGCGCAGCUGGAAGAACAAGAAGCAACUUGAGGAUGCGAUCAAUGAAAUACCGUCUGGACUUGAUCAUGUUUAUGAACGAAAUUGGACACGCAUUUCUAAACUACCAGAACCGAUCCGUAAACGUGCCUAUUCUCUAUUACAAUGGGCGGCUUUUGCUCUGCGGCCCUUGACCGUCAACGAAAUCUCCGAGGCUAUGUUGAUCGACGAGGAAGAUUUCAACUUCCCUGAGGAUGAGUUGCCCGAUGAAGUUGAUGACGACUUCAUUGAAAGCGAAAUACAAAUCCCCUGCGGCUCGCUUUUGGAAGUUCGAGGUACAUCUUCGAAUUCUAACAGGGGGUCAAGGACGGUGCACUUGACUCACUUUUCAGUCAAACAACAUUUUCUUUGCAACAUUUCAUCUCAAUCGCUAUCGAUUCGCAUGAACAGUCAAGUCUUAAACGAGCUUCAACAAAACAGCAGGCUAGCAAAGCUUUGCCUUCGCUACAUCAACAGUCAAUACUUCUGGGACUUCGAAGAGAAGAUCAAUUCGACGGUUCAAAUGGAAAGCACCCAGGAAGAAAACCUUCAAGUGAGCGUCAAGGGGUCAUUCCGACACUACGCCGCGAGUUCAUGGUAUCAGCAUUCCACCGUCGGUUAUGAGGAAGACGAAGAACUGACAGUGCUCAUGAUGAAUUUGUUCGAUGAACUCAAUCCCAGCUGGGAAAUGUGGCGUGACUUGUUUGAGAAGUACAGCGUAGAGCUCGGUUUGGGAGCUGAUUCAUCAACUGAACCUCACCAUGCUAGUCCUUUACACUACGCUGCCCGUCUUGGCUUCACUGAGCUUGCUUCCUGCCUCAUCCACGACGAGAAGCAUCAUGUGAAUGCCAAGGCGCCGUUUGGUAGAACAGCUCUUGAGAUUGCAGGCAACGCUGGGAAUUUGACACUCUCAAAGAUCCUUCUAGAUGCGGGGGCCGAUUUUUCAAUGUCGAAUCACACAGGGUCGACACCUCUCAUCGAAGCUUCGUAUAAUGGAGCCUAUGAGGUUAUUGAACUCCUUCUCGAUAGAGGCGCAGACUGCGAGAAAACAAGUAACUACAACUGGACGGCACUACACGUAGCUUCCUACUACGGCCAUCUCGACGUCGUCGCGUUGCUGCUUAGAAGGGGAGCUAACGUCACUGUUGCUAACGAUGGCGGUUGGACACCACUCAAUGUGGCCUCUCACUGCGGACACUUCGAUGUGAUUGAACUGCUCCUCGACAAUGGGGCCGAAAUUCUAACCCGGAGUAAUGAUGGUUGGUCGCCGCUUAAUACUGCCUCUCAAUUUGGACACCUAGACAUUGUCAACUUGCUCCUGAGGAAGGGGGCUGAUGUUCACCACGCAAAUCUUAGCAAAUGGUCAUCGAUACAUUUCGCUUCUGAUGGUGGUCACUAUGAGAUCGUCAAUAUGCUUCUGGGUGCAGGCGCCGACGUCGCAGCUGUAACCAAUAAUUCAACGACGCCGCUGCAUAUAGCAUCAAGUCGUGGCCAUCUAGAGGUUGUCGAGCUACUUCUGGACAAUGGCGCUGACUCGAACGCUGUGGACGAUAGCCAAUGGACACCGAUUUUCUUGGCAUCGAGUUGCGGGCAUGAAAAAGUAGCCAAGCUACUUCUUAGUCGGUGCGACGACGUAUCUCGGGCCAACAAAGCCGGAAUGGUGCCACUUUACUCAGCUUCAGCUGCCGUGAACAGCAAGCUUGCUGAGCUGCUUCUUAGCGACUCUCGUAAUGAUGGUUCCUUGCGAGCCUACGCAGGAUGGACGCUACUCCACGAGGCGUCGUAUAACGGACGCGUUGGGGUGAUUGAACUACUUCUUGCUGAGGGAGUAGAUGUAGGGUUGACUGACGAGCGUGGGUGGACGCCUCUACACGCUGCAGCUCUGAGCGGGCAUACAGAAGUUGCAGAGUUACUGCUUCAGAGCCCUAGGUGCAGUACCCAUGUACAAGAUAACAGUGGCCGAACACCAGUAUUUUAUGCAUCGGCUCGCGGGCAUUACGAGUUAAUCCAAAUACUAACCACUCAGAAUCGACUGGACCUUCAGAUCACGGAUCAGUAUGGAUCAACCCCAUUAUCUGCAGCUUGUCGCAAUGGACAUGAAGAAGCCGUCAAAUAUCUGCUCUCAGUCGACGAGGGAUCAUUUGAGUCCCCAGAUGGACUAGGGCGAAGCUCGAUGUGGUGGGCACGAAAAAGUGGCAGCACCCAAGUCAUCCAAUCGGUCUUGCAACAUGCAUUGAGGCUCAAAAUUCAUGUUCCGGAGAACAACGAGCUUGGCGCACAAGGGGCGAACUUCGAUUGCGAUUCAGCGUGGUGUGAUAUUUGCAUGACUUGUACCUUCCUAGAUGAGCAGGCAUUCUACACCUGUAACUUGUGCGAUGGAGGUGACUUCGUCAUCUGCCUGGAAUGUAAGGAUCUUGGUCUCGAAUGCCAAGAUGCUUCUCAUUGCUGGACCUUUCAAGAACCCUAUUAG